AUGUCGACAGCUACCAAGAAGCCCAUCAACACUCUCCCGCUCCCUUCGCCCACCAAUCUCCUGAUCCAUAACCUCAAUGCGGACCCCAUCACGCCCACAGUCCCCGCAUUCAAACACUUUCUCCAAGAGACGCCAUCGCUUCAGCGCCGCGCCCGCCUCCUCGACAAGGCCGCUCACUUCUCCCACGUCGCUCCGCUCCCGAUACCAUUUCCCUUCGAGAUCGAGCCGCCGGACGACCCGGCACUCGCAGAAGAUCGCGCGAAGUACAUAGAAAUGUGGCUGGCCACACGCGAGGCGGUGCACCCGCGACCGGUUGCGAAGACGGGGGAGGAUGAGAUGCAGGUUCUGUACGCGGACGAGGAUUCGCGGGACAAGCAGGAGACUGUACUUCUCGCACUGUCUCGCAAUGCGUUGAACGAUUGCUUGCCACAUCUGGAUAUUGGAGAUGCACUCGACGUGCUUGGUCCCGGAUCGCUCUCUGCCUGCGGGCCUGCACAUGAGUACAAGCCCACGGCACGGUCAGACACUGCGAAAGCCCGCGAGACGCUCGUGGACGUCCUCGGCGGACGUGCAGUGCUCAUGACGCCAGAAGAUGCGGACGUCUCCUUCGCACCAUGGUCCUUGCGUUACUCUGGUCAUCAAUUUGGCUCAUGGGCCGGCCAGCUAGGCGACGGACGCGCGAUCUCCAUCCUCGCGACGCCGCAUCCGGACAAGCCGGAGGAGAUAUGGGAGGUCCAGUUGAAGGGAGCCGGACGAACGCCCUUCUCACGUUCUGCCGACGGACUCGCCGUCGUGCGCUCGUCUAUCCGCGAGUACCUCUGCGCGGAAGCCAUGCAGGCACUUGGUAUCCCGACUACGCGUUCACUCUCGCUCGUAUCCCUCCCGAACCUGCCCGUCCUUCGCGAGCGCCAAGAAGCAGCUUGCAUCACUGCGCGCAUGGCACCUUCCUUCAUCCGCAUCGGUAGUUUCGAGGCGCUCAAUCCGCCUGAGCGUAUGUUCUUCUUCGGUGGCGGACAACAGGAAGCAGAUUUGGACGCCUUGAGAAUUCUUGGCGAAUGGGUCGCUGAUCGCGUGCUGCGGGUGGAAAGAGGCGAGGGCGGUGUGUGGGGAAAGGAGAUCCUACUCGAGAGCGCGAGAAGGAACGCGCGGAUGGUGGCAGGGUGGCAAGCGUACGGGUUUAUGCACGGAGUGAUCAAUACGGAUAACGUCUCGAUCCUUGGGCUCACCAUCGACUAUGGACCCUACGCAUUCAUGGACGUCUUCGACGACAUGCACAUCUGCAAUCAUACGGAUGAUGGGGGACGUUAUGCGUACAAGCACCAACCAGCGAUGAUCCUCUUCGCGCUGAAGCAGCUCCUCAACGCCCUCGCUCCUCUCAUCGGCGCCGAGCUCGCUCAAAAGUCGGCAGUCGCGAAAAACUGGGCCGCAGACGCAUCCGAAGAACAAAUAGCCGAAUGGACCGACUCCGCCAAAUCCGCCGUCGAGUCCGAGCUCUUCGAUCUCUUCCGCGCCGAAUACGAUGUGGCCUACGACGCGCAGAUGCGCGACAGACUCGGCUUGAAGUCCCCGGAUGAGACCGACGACGCGAAGUUGUUCACGCCCUUGUUCGCUGCUAUGGCCGAUCAGAAGCUGGACUUCCACUUGACGUUCCGGCAUCUCGCUCAUUUCAAGCCUUCGGUAUUUGCGAGUGAGGAUGGGCUCACGAAGUUCAUCGACGGUAUACUCGCGCUCUCGAGUCGUCCGGAGUGGAUACAACGCGAUGCGGCUGUCAAGGGCUGGAUCUCCUGGCUUCAGGCCUUCUCUGAGCGCAUCGAGCGUGAUGGGCAGGACGUGGAAGCUCGCGUGGAGAAUGCGAAGAAACACAAUCCGCGAUUCGUGUUGAGGCAGUGGGUGCUUGAGGAGGUUAUCUCAAGGACGGAGGCGGAUCACGUCGCGGGGAGAAGGUUGUUGAACAAAGUGAUGCAGAUGGCAUGUGCGCCGUUUGAACCGUGGGGUGCGGAGGGCGAUGAGAAACCUGACGAGGAGCUGGAUGCUGAGACGAAGGAGGAGAGGCGGUUCUGUGGUGUUGGGAGCCGGGAGAUGCUAGGAUUCCAAUGCAGCUGCUCAAGCUAA